GUCACAGGGGAAGAAGACCGAGUCUUCGGAAGAGCGCCGUCUGUUUGGCGCGCUUGGCGGUCAUGGUCUUUCGCUGUUCAGUCUAAGCUGAAUCCAGCGUUCUUGGCGGCCUGUUUUCUGUUCAGCUGAAACCUUGAAUCUGCCAACCGAGAAUCAGGGCAAGCCUGAGGCACGUGACCUUUCAUAGCCCUUAAUUCAGCAUUGAAGCUGGGGAUGCAUACUGAGGGCAGGCGUGUGGCGUCGCGUCACCUACUUUUCUCAGCAAGGAGAAUCAGGGGGGAAAGCGCUGGCGCUGGCACUUUGUAAGCAGCGGUGGAGCGUGCAUGCAGAAUUUGUUUAGGAGGCAUGAAUGCAUUGCAAACCAAAGUGUAGCUUUACAUUUCACAAAUGGUUCAAAUGCCACUGUUUUGGUCAGUCCUUGCUGUAAGGGAGUCAAACCUCUUACACCCUGCAUUCUGAGUAGACUGAGCAGAAGCUAGAAGCAUUUUCUGUCUCUGUGUCACACUGAGCCCGUAGAUUAUUGAGCGGUGCCUCCGUCUGGAAGAACUUUGUAGAUAGCAGCACAGAAACUCAGAGAGCUGAAUCAAGCCUGAGGCUCAGGCUCUCUUCCAAAAGUCUGUUCAAGCCACAUAUAGGGCAGAAAAUCGACACUGCAAAGGGCAUGGCUGACAUUGACCGACAAUGGGAGGACUUGCGGCGGGACGCCAGGAAAAUCGAGGGGGAUCUGGACGUCAAGCUGUCGUCCUAUGCAAAGCUCGGCGGCAUGAUGUCGCACGGGUCCGCCCUUGGGACGUCCCCAGACCUCGCCUCCGACGGCUCCUGGAAGUCAAUGGAGAUGGAGAUCGAGAGCCUUCUGACCCGGCUGCUCGACAUCAACGAGUCGAUGAGCCACUGCGUCGCCGCUGCCACAAGCACGGCGUCCCUCGCGCAGAAGCUCGCCCGGCAUCGAGAGAUUUUGCACGAUUUCUCGCAGGAGUUCAAGCGGACAAAGAACAACAUCAAUUCGAUGCGGGAGCACGCCGAGCUGCUGUCAUCCGUACGAAAUGACAUCAGCGAGUACAAGGCCCAGGGCGGCCCAACUUCCGGUGUCGGCGGCCUGCUUCGGGAACGUGGCCAAAUCCACAGCGCGACGGCGUCUGCCGACGAGGUUCUGGCGCAGGCGCAGGCGACCAGGAGCGCUCUCACUGCGCAGCGGGGACUGUUCGUCGAGAUCGGCGCCAAGCUGAAGCACCUGGGGGACCGGUUCCCGGUCAUCCGGAGCACGCUCACGGCUAUUCGACGAAAGCGAUCGCGAGACACUUACAUUUUGGGGUCCGUAAUAGCUGCCUGUACAGUAUUUUUGCUCCUGUAUUGGUUAUCUAAGUAGGUAAGUGUCUGUUUUUUGGAACUCCAGGAACUUGUACAGCCUUGUCAAUCUUGUACACUGACCAAACAUCUGUGUUGGAACCGCGGAACCAAGUGAAUUCAUUUAGAUCAAGUAGAUCCAAGUUCAUGCAGAUAACCAGUUUUGAAGUCAAAGGAUCACGAGAGUGAGCCGAAAGUUCAUCACCCCUUGUUGUUGCACGUGAGC